GUUACGCUUUCUUAAGAAGAAGGGAAAUUUUACUCAUAAUGCCAGAGUGAUCAACUGUGGUGCUGGGGAAAUGGUUGCUUGUCGAAGACCCAAAAAGACAACACAGUCUGAUGGCUACCGUCACUGCAGGUUUUGUCAAGGACUAUAUGCAAGAGCUAGCCUUUGGAGGCAUGUGAAAAACUGCCCUCAGAAGUCUUUUGAGGUGGGACCUUCGGCUGGGCAAAAACGAAUUCAGCUGGUCUUACCGAGACCUGAACAAGUCAGUGAAGCCGUUUGGAAGAUUGCUUGUGAAAUGAACCAGGACAACAUUUCCUCUGUAGUAAGGAGUGAAAGACACAUCCUUUCCCUUGGUGAGUCAUUAUACAAUGCCAGAAAACCACAAGAGAGAAGAAAUGACUACAUUCGCCAAAAAAUGAGAGAGAUGGCAAGAUUAUUGAUAACAGCAAGAGCUAUAACCCCGUUGAAAACCACAGAAGACCUUGUUAUGCCGGGUAACUUCCCCCAUGUCAUCCAAGCAGUGAGGGCUGUUGCAGGUUAUGAUUUGGAAAGCAACUCUUAUAAAACUCCAUCCUUGGCUCUGAAAUUAGGACACAGUUUGGCCAAAGUUGCAGGCAUUGUGCAGUGCAGUGCCAUUAUUGCAAAUUGUAGUAGUAUUGCAGAGUCAGCCAAGCAGUUUGUUACUCUAUAUGAGAACAAUUGGAAUGAAACCAUUUCUGCUUCCGCAUUGGGUACACUUCAACAAGCGAAGUGGAAUAAACCACAGGUUUUACCAUUUACACAAGAUGUUUCACUGCUGCACAACUUUCUUGCUACUGAGUCAGCUAAGUGUAUGAAGGACUUGGAGGAAAAACCCAACAGCAUAACCUAUGGAAAUCUUGCUAAGGUGACUUUGACACAAGUUAUACUUUUUAACAGAAAAAGGCAAGGGGAAGUUUCAAAAAUGGACCUCCAGUCUUUCACAUCCCGGAAUCGCGCAGAGUUGAAUCCGGACAUUAUGAUGUGUCUUUCCGAGUUAGAAAGAAAGCUUGCAAAGCACUUUGACAGAGUUGAGAUCCGUGGUAAAAGGUCAAGAAUGGUACCUGUGCUUCUCACCCCGAGUAUGAUUUCUGCAAUGGAGUUCCUUGUGAACAAGAGAAAUGAUUGUCAAGUCGACACAAAAAAUGUGUACCUGUUUGCCCGUCCAAUUGUACUUUCACAUUACAGAGGCUGUGAUUGCCUCCACAAGUUUGCAAACCAAUGUGGUGCAAAACACCCAGAAGCACUCACUUCCACAAAACUUAGGAAGCAAGUUGCCACCUUGUCUACAGUACUGAACCUAAAAGAAAAUGAAAUGGAUCAACUUGCCACCUUUCUCGGACACGACAUCCGUGUCCACCGAGAAUUUUACCGCCUCCCAGACAGUACCCUGCAGCUUGCAAAAGUCAGCAAACUGUUGAUGGCAAUGGAGAAAGGACAACUCUCUGACUUUCAGGGAAAAGGGCUGGAUGAUAUUGAGAUCAAUCCUGAAGAUGACAUACCCACUAGUGAUGAUGAUGAUGAUUAUGAUUCGAGCAAAGAAAUGACCACUGACCUUCGUGAACAAAAAGGCUCAAGAACUGAGACCUUUGGACACCCAAGCCAUGUGCCUGCCUCAACCAUGCCGGACACCAUGGAUCGCACUGCUGUCUCAACUUCUUUCAAUAACAUCGAAGACACUUCUGCCUCAACUUUGUUUGGUGACAUGGAAGACAUACCUGCUUCGACAUCAUUUGACAACAUGGAUGAUUCCCAGCAAAGGACAGCACUUCAACCGAGUUCACCCCAACCACGGUCAAGGUGCUCCAGCAAGAAGAAGCAAGGUGGAAAGGCGAGAAGUAAGUGGACAGAGGGUGAAGUGAAAGCUGUUGAGCGGCACAUGUUGGAUUUCAUAAGCAACCUGAAAGUACCAGGUAAAAAGAGCUGUGAGGCUUGCCUCCAAGCUGAGCCAGCAGCUCUGAAAGAGAGAGACUGGGUUGCUAUUAAAUACUACAUUCACAACAGAAUAGUAACCUUAAAGAGAAAGAUGAAUAAUUAGAGCUUAAUCAUUUGAUCUGGCCCAGGUACUGUAUAUGGAGGACCUUUUUUGUUUUGUUUUGUUUUUUUAAAUCUUAUUUCAUUUUUUUUUCUUAUAUUGUUUUUUUACUUGUAUUUAAUUAUGUAUUUAUUUCCAUAUAUAUUUGGGUAUUUUUAGAUCUCAUUUCUUGUUUUUUCAUUUAUAGUCACUAUUUUUUUCGAUUGUAUUUUUUCCCUUUUAAGUUUGGCAGCUUUGGUCCACCAUACAGGUACAGUUCAAUAUCAGAUAAAAUAAGCUCAAAAAACAUGUGCGGAGGGUGAGGCUGGGGUUGAUUUUCAAUGUGUUACGUUUCAAUGUUUAUUACUGUUAAAAAAAAUAUAUACUCCCAAAAAGUUAGGGAUAUUAGAUUUUGAGUUUAAAUUUUACCUUUACAAGCGAUGUUAUUAUGACCUGUACACACUUUAAAUGACAUGUGUCAGACUUGUCAGCAAUUAGUACACUUUGCUCAGCUUGCUUUGUAUAAACCAGAUCUGACAAGAAAAUUUAAUAAGUUGGUUCAGACAUAAAUGGAAAAACAAAUGUCCUUAAUAAAGAUA